UAUUCUGACAUGAUCUCUAUUUGUCGACGAGACUUGGACCUCGAUAUCUAUGGGACGGCAGUAACAAGCGAGCUAUAACAGGUGCUCGUUAGCAGCAGGUAUGUAGUUCUUGUCCUUUGGUUUCGGAGUUGAUGUUGAAGUGCCGUUUGCGCGCAUAAAAAACUACAGACCGAGGACCUGAGGAAGGGGCAGCAUUUUUCUCGUUCACUCCGACCUGGCGUCCGAAUAGUCCGAAUAGAAGAAGCACAGCGUCGUUUACAAGCAUCAACAGCCCCGCACUAUGUCAAAUGUCACUCGCACUGGGGACAGGGUGCUCUACUCUCUCGAGGGCAAGACCCUGAAGCUCGACACUGCUGAAGAUGCUAAGCAGUACGCCGACGAGAUCCGGGGGGUGGAAGGUCUCACGGAAAUCAAACUAAGUGGAAACACUUUCGGAGUGGAGGCUGGUCGGGCUAUUGCGCUGGCGCUGAAGGAUCAGCAUGCUUUGAAGGUCGCAGGUUUGGCGGACAUGUUCACCAGUCGUCUGAGAAACGAAAUUCCCCUCGUCUUGGACGCCCUGGUGGAGGCCCUCGAGGACAAGAAAAACCUGGUGGAACUCGACCUGUCGGACAAUGCCUUCGGACCGGCUGGGGCUGAGCCUCUGCAACGGCUGCUGAUCAACAACCGUAACAUCCAGAUUCUUCGAUUCUACAACAACGGCCUGGGCAUAGAAGGAGCGCGGCUAGUCUCUGCUGCAUUGGUCAAAGCGGCCGAGAAGAACAAACAGGAAGGUCGACCAUCAUCCUUGCGCGUGAUCUACAUCGGGCGCAACCGUAUGGAGAGCAAGGGUGUAGAGCACCUUUGCAAAGCCUUCGAAGCCCACGGAGAGAGUCUGCGCGAAAUUCGCAUGCCGCAAAACAGCAUCCGCCCAGAAGGCAUCACAGCGUUGAUGACUGCCCUCGCAUCGUGCAAGAACCUCGAACAUUUGGAUUUGCAGGACAACACGUUUACGGAGGGGGGUUCGGACGCGAUUGCCAAGGUGCUGCCCACAUGGACGAACCUCAAAGUGCUCCACAUCGGCGAUUGUCUUUUGGGUGAGAAGGGUGCCAAGAAGGUCUUGCGGGCGUUGACACCCGGACACUCUGCGCUUGAGAAGCUCCACCUGGCAUUCAACGAGAUCGACCCGGAGGGCGCUGGUCUAAUUCCCACGCUGUUGUCGAAUAAGAAGAACCUGACGCUACUCGAGCUGAACGGGAAUGCGUUCGAUCCAGAAGGCGAUGCUGUGCGGGACAUCAAGCGCGCCCUGCUUGAGCUUGGACAGGAGGGUGCGUUAGAUGAGUUAGAUGAGAUGGAAUGGGACGAGGAGGAGGAGGAGGAGGAGGAGGAGGAGGAAGCAGAUGCCAGCGGCAAGGAGGAGGAGGAGGAUGCAGACGUUGAUGCACUCACGGCUGCCACUGCCAAGCUCAACGUAUGAUAUUCGAGCGUAUCUCAUAGUUUACCUAGUACUUUACCUAUGCCAUCAACGAUAGAUUUGUACUCUUUUAGACUCUGUCAAUAUUUUAUUUCCGAAGACUGAAUGCGUAAUAGUGUAACUGCCUGGCUAACUGAAGCAGAGGGAACAGACAGUGAUAUUGGGAUAUACGCCAGGUUCAGUGACGGGAGUGCAUGAUAUGUGCAUCCUCAUUCC